CGAGGGUGAAGCUCUGACUUUAACAUGCCUGGCCUCUAGCAGCACCAGCCAGCACACCCAUCUGUCUGUUGCCUGGUAUCUCCAUAAAGAUGGACAGGAGGACGCUCAGCCUAUCAUUUCUCUGAAUAGAGAUUUUACACUGAGCCCAGGCCAGGGGUUUGAAAGGCGUUACCAAGCAGGUCUCAUACGCUUAGAUAAAUGGGGAGAGGCCUCGUACAGCCUAAAGAUGGCUGAGGUUGAGCCAUCAGACCAAGGUAGGAUCUACUGCCAGGCUCAGGAGUGGAUCCAAGAUCCUGAUGGCUCCUGGUACAUCAUCAUACAGAAGAAUGCAGAAGAAAUGACCCUGACAGUUAAAGCCACAGAGGUGGUGGAGCCAUCGUCUCCGUCUCUGGCAGUGGAAAUCUCAGCACAGCCGGCAGCGCUGCAGGAGGGGCAGGAGCUGAUGCUGUCCUGUAAUAUAAACACACAGGACGUGGAGAAAAGAUUCUUCUCUGUAGCAUGGCUCAAGGGAAGUGUGGAGCUGGCCCGCAUUGGUCCCACAGGCGUUCUCACUGUGGCACCGGAGUACAGUGUUCGACAGAAAAAUGGAGAGCUCAGAGCCGCCCGGAGUGGGAACAGAGAUUACCGUCUCAUCUUAAAGCCUGUGAGAACUGAGGAUCAGGGAGAGUAUAUCUGUACAGUCUGGCCUCAAGAGAGAGGCCAAGAUGAUACUUUUAUUGAGGGAGAACCCAAAGACUCCAGCCCACAGCGGGUCAGCGUCUCAGCCACAGGUGUGUCAAAGUGAACACAUAUACACUCAGUUAUUCAGGGGUUUAAGUCACUGUACCUUUACAUUGUUUGUCUGCUCCCAAAGAGAGGAGUGAAGAAGUUGUGACAAACACUGCAGUCAAAAUAUCCACUUCAGCUGUUGUUAUAAGUAGCUUCAUUGACUACAUCCACUGGUCCUACUAAAAUUCACUGGACACGGGCACACACAGAGGUUGUGGCACAGUGUGAAGCACUAUUAAAAUUAUUAUGUAUUAACUCAAUUAUCACACUCCAAAACCCACUACACUCAAUUCCAUCACCUCACCAGGUCCGACCUAACACCCGACCGCUUCCAGUGAAUACACCAGCUGCUACCAGGAAACCUUAAAUAUAGCAGCAGGACCAGGGUUAAAAUCACUAACACAAUAUCUAAAACAAAAAAAUUUAAAUAGGAACCAUUUAAAAACUCCAGUGGAUAAUAAUUGGCACAUGACUGGAAUUCGAAACAGAAGCAAGGAAUAAUUAGAAUCACGCAUAGCAUUAACACAUCAUACACGACUGCAUUGCUACAAAUAUGCUCAAUAAUUAAACAUGUAAAUCCCCACAGCUACAGGUUAAGGUUCUGAGGAAGGCCUUUAACAUAAAUUUGCAUCAAUAAAAUAACAAAAUGGGUCAAGAGGUACUUCACUAACACAC